AUGGGUUGCGGAGCCUCUAAACAGGAGCCCAGAAUACGGCAGGAUGGCGUCGACAACCCCGAACCAGCGCCGAAGAAGGCAUCGAUUUCAAAUGGACCUCACAUGUCGGAGGUGACGCAUGCUCAGUCGCGGGAUGACAAGGACCCAGCUGUUCGCCAGCUCUCCAAGCUUGGUUCGGCGGAAGCGCUCGGGUGUCCGCCUGGGCUCGAUGCUACCCCUGCGAAUCUUGUCGCACUACAUCACAGCCCCAUCCAGUUCAUUCAUAGGGACCACAAUGAGUCAAAAGAACGACCGACAUUUACCAUAUCCCCAGAAGGGAAGACUCUUCUGGAAGGGAUCCAAGAUAAAGUUGCCGUGAUAGGGAUUGUGGGCACCUUUGGACACGGAAAGUCAUUCUUGAUGAAUCAACUGGUAGGGAUCCAGGACGGGUUUGCACUAGGAUCAAAAUCUCAUGGAGAAACGCGCGGAGUUUGGAUUUGGGCAUUAAAACGCACGGACAGAGGUGAGACGGUACUCCUCCUCGACUUUGAAGGGUUAGCGGACACAGAGAACCCGGACCCUGCAUAUGAUAUGCAGCUGUUCACUCUGGGCAUGCUCCUGAGCUCGUGUCUGAUAUACAACUGUAUUGCCGGUGCAAUCGAUGCGAACCAGCUCAACAGCUUGAGCUGCAUCACUCAAAUAGCCAAGCAUCUUCAUCCGAAAAGCCAACCUGAAACUAGUAGUGGCUUUGACAUAUACUUCCCAAGUCUAGUGUGGGUCCUCAGAGAUGCCAAUCUGGAUCAUGAGUCAGUUGACGGGAAAGAGCAAACCGAUGAUGAGUAUCUCGAAGAGAAGCUCAAAGAGGAAGCCGCGUUAGAUGACAAGUCGGAAACUGCCAACGAAGUCCGUCGAGCCAUCAAAGAGACUUUCAAAUCCCGUCACCUUCGGCGCAUGCCCAGACCAGUUCAUAGCAACCAUCAGCUGAAGUACAUCGAGAAGGCGGACCCCUUCAAGAUCAAGACCAUUUGGUACGAGAAAAUGGAUGAGCUUCGUCGGCUGGUUCUGUCGGUCUCACCGCCAAAAGAGAUCUACUCUCCUGCACUUCAGAAAGUUGAACAAGUCAGCGGACCCGCAUUCCUGGCGAGGGCGCAGACAUAUAUAGAUAUCUUCAACAGAGGCGAUAUGCCAACCUUCAGCGACACGUAA